CCUUCUUCCUGUUCCCGUGCUCUUUAAGACUCGCACGCCAUUUUGACACAGUCGACAGCUUCGCCACGGUUUCACCUGCAGAUCACCGAACGCCGCAAACAACACGAACGGAGACGGGUUCUUUCGAGAAAUCAAAGCGUUUAAAUAUUGACCCGAGACACGUUUCGUCCCCAUUUCAGCAGACGACAACAUGAGCGGCUGUCGUGUCUUCAUCGGCCGCCUGAGCCCUCACGCCAGAGAACGGGACGUGGAGAAGUUCUUCAAGGGAUAUGGACGGAUCCGGGAGAUCAACUUGAAGAACGGCUUUGGCUUUGUGGAAUUUGAUGACCAUAGAGAUGCAGAUGAUGCGGUGUACGAGUUGAAUGGCAAAGAGUUGUGCAGUGAAAGGGUCACCAUCGAGCACGCUCGCUCCAGAAGGGGAAGAGGCGGCGGCCCCGGAAUGGGACGUUCCGGCUUUGGCGGUGGUGGAGGAGGAGGAGGUGGCGGAGGUGGUGGUGGCGGCGGCGGCGGUGGUGGCGGCUAUCGUCAGUCUCGCAGCAGUGGAUCCAGGUAUGGCCCUCCUGUGCGGACGGACCACAGGCUCAUUGUAGAGAAUCUUUCUUCACGGAUUAGCUGGCAGGACCUGAAAGACCUGAUGAGAAAAGCAGGUGAAGUUACGUUUGUGGACGCCCACAGGCCCAACAAAAACGAAGGGGUGGUUGAGUUUGCCUCCCGCAGUGACAUGAAGAACGCCAUCUCCAAGCUCGACGGGUCAGAGCUGAAUGGACGCAAGCUGAAGAUCUUCGAGGACAGCAGGAGUCGCAGCAAGAGCCGCUCCCGCUCCCGCAGCCCCCGCAGCUACUCCCGCUCAAAGAGUCGCUCCCGCAGCCGCGGCCGCUCCAGGAGCCGCUCCCGGUCCCGGUCCCUCAGCCGCACCCCUGAGAAGAAGAUGUCCGGCGGGGGCAAGGCCAGGUCCCCAUCCAGGUCAAAGUCACGGUCUAAGUCUCGCUCCCGCUCCCGCUCGCCUCUCCCGCCUCAGAACAAGCAGUCUCGCUCACGGUCCCGCUCUCGUUCUCGCUCCCGGUCCCGCUCACGCUCUCGGUCCGCCUCCGUAGACAGCAAACACUGAGAUCGACGCACCCGUUGGCCGUAACAUAGACUGGUAGUUGAUCACCACAGGCCUGUAUGGUGGUGUUUUUGUUUUUUUUUUAAAUGGGGAGGGAAUUGCCUUUUGCAAACAAUGUCCUCUUUUGAAGCGAGAUCAUCAGUUAUUAAUGUGCCCACCAUGAUUUUGAAGUUUUUUCCUUUUUUUUUUUUUUUUUUGUGUUAGUUUGGAUUUGCUUCCACUGGGAAAAUUGUCUUUUUUUAUUUUACUUCCUGAUUUAUACAUUUCCCUCUUUUAAACCCCAUAUUUUGAUGACGUACUGAGUGACAGAAAUCAUUUUGAAUGGUGACGAUGACGUCGACUCUGCAACCUGUUUCGAUUCCAUCCACUCCCCCCGCGCUUGUCCGACUGUUUGUGGUUUUGGUCGGCAUGGUUUCGAUUCCCCACCCCCUCAAAGUGUUGUCGAGUACGUUUGUGUUUGAAGCGCGAGCUCCUGGCGUCGCCGUGAAACUGUGAUUGUGCUUCUGACGAGGCACCGUAGCGAGUGGCUCCGCACACGUUGCGUUCACCGCCCGGAUGGGUAUGUGACGACGAUAAAAAAUGCAGACGAUGUAUUUCAGCUUCCUUGUGUAUUGAUAUUGUGAUCUGAAAGUAAUUUUGAGUGGCUUUUUAAAAAAAACACUGCUGUAUCAGGACUGUGUCCUGUUUGUGGUUAAUUUCCCUUUUUGCUUUUAGUUACUUUAUCUCCAGACUUGUGGCGUCAUGAGUCUGAACACAAGCGUGUUUUGUUUUUUUUCAGCAAGAAAAUUACAUGUUUAUUGAUUUGAUACAAAUAAAACUCACUGUCGGUUCA